GACGCAACCAAAGUCCAAAGAGAAAUCUUGCUCGUCCAUAGGCCUCGCGGCAGUCGCAUCAACUGGUGCCAUCUUUCAGAGUCUGAAGCCCCAUGUCGCCUUCUUCCCCUACGCUAGACGCUCCGGGAACCACAGCGUCGUCGUCGUCGUCGUCAUCAUCGUGCUUCGCUCUAGCAUGGCACAUGUGGAGCCUAUGCGCGCUCCACGUCGCCCUCGUCCUCUCCUCCGUGGCCGCCGCCGCCCUCAUCGUCGUGCUCCUCCCCUUCGCCUGCACGGCCGCCUCCCUCUGCCUCGUCUGCGCGAUCGCGGCGCGGCUUCUCUCGUGCUCCGCCUCCUUCGCAACGCUGGAUCGGACGGCGGCACAGAGCGACGGCGCCGACGGUGACGCGUACCCGUAUGAAGAGGAGGAGGAUGGCGGGGGAGCAGAGCUGGAAACACGCGGCCGAGAGUGCACGGCUGCUUACAUCGAUGGAGCCCAUGAGUCCAUCGAUCCAUACGGUGAUGAGCAAGAUCGUCGGUUCGUGUUGGCGGAAACUGGGAACUACUACUACUGCAGAAAAUUCUAUGAUCUCCUGGCUUUCUGGAGACGCAAGGAGAGAGACUGGAGAAGGGGGUGAACAGUAGUACUCCCUCCGUCCGGAAAUACUUGUCCGAGGAAUGAAUGUAUCUAGAUGUAUUUUAGUUCUAGUUACAUCCAUUUAUAUGAAAGUAUUUCGGACGGAGGGAGUACACACGAUGGCAUAUACAGGUUCAGGCGCUCGAUGUUUAGCAAAUUGUGAUUACGAUGUGUUCAUCUGCAAAGACUGCAAUGGGCUGCAGGGGAGUAAAUAGCAUAACCCUAGCCUGUAAAGUAGUAGUUUAAUGUUAUUUACUCGCUGCAGGGUCCGAUUGUUCCGGGCCACACGAACCUAAGAAAAACGAGGUUUGUGCUGCCCGGGUCCAGGCCCAUUUGGAAACCGCUCUGGUCUCUAGUUUUCUUUAUCCUUGAUAGCUUGUCGACCUCGAGCAAAUUAGCAUUUUGCAUUCGCAUAAAUUUGAAACAGAAAUUAUCAACGCAGCAACAGUCAGAAUUUGUAUCUGCAUGGGAGUUCAGUCACCCCUUUCCCUUCUCAAUAGCAUUUUG